GUCAGGCGAUGCCCUCACGAUCGCUGUGGGAGACAUGUCUGGGCGGACAAUCUCGAGGAGGAAGCGUACCCUGCAGGAGCACUUGCACGACUGUCCUGGGCGAGAGAUCCCAUGUGGCUUGGGCUGCUGGUGGGUGGGGCCUGGCAAGGACGAGGAGCGGCACUUGGAGGAGGACUGUGAGGUCCAGCGGCUUCUGAACAUCGUGCGCCCGCUCAACGGGCUGCUGAGCGAAGCCUGCCCUGACUUCCGCAAUCCGGAAGUCGUUCGCUUGCAGGCGAAAGCUGUGGCCUACCGACGCUCGGUCUCCGCUCCCGGGGGGCCGUGGCGGGAGUGGAAGACGCCCGGUCGCUGCUUCUCAUGCCGAAAGCCGGUCGACCGCCGGGAACAAGGACUGCAGAGCGAUAGCGGCGAGCAUCGACUGUGCUGGUCCUGUCUGCCAAAACACGUUGAUUGGCAGCACUUUAGAGAUAACGCCUGA